AUGUCCUACCCCAACCACUACGACCCUCACGACGCUUCAGACCCGUACUACGCCCCACAAGCCUACCACAACCCUUACGCGACCCACGCUCAAGCCCCAGCCCCAGCCCCAGCCCCAGCCCCAGCCCCAGCCCAACACGCCGACUCGACCUUCUCCGAAGCGUCUUACGUGGGGCGCGAUCACGCCAUCCCCGGAGGCAGGAAUCAGCAUGAUCUGACGACGACGUACCCUCCUCGUGGGCCGGCGCAGGGUGCGACAACCGCGACCGCAGCGGACGACGCUUUCGAGUACGAAAAGGGGUUGAAUCCCGUCACGAGGGGGUCCAUUGCCGCUCAGGUCAGUCACACCGGCAGACCAGCUCUCGACCCCAGUCCCCGACUUUUAAUUUCAACUUUUCUGCCCCACAGAUGGCAGCCGAAGGGCAGAUCCCCAAAAAGGAAGGGCUACGACAGUGGCGCACGGACGAACACAAGGGGACCUUCACCCGCGGUGGAAAGGGGCGAGCCUGUUGCCGCGUCGUGUGUUGCAUCGUCCUCAUGUUCAUCAUCAUCCUCGUUGGAGUGGUCACCUCGUUCCUAUGUUCGUAUUUCUCGGCCUGCGCCCAUGGGCUGGGGUCUCAUUCGGACCGUCUUCAUGUUUUGGAUGUUUCAGAGAAACGCCGAGCUUAUUCAAACCCCCGAUUCGGAUUCCCAUGCGCAGUAUGGACUCGACCACCUGCGGUCUCGUUCAAUGGGAUCGAACUCCCCUCGAACGGCCAAGAAGUUACCGUUACCGGCGAUGGGUUCUUGAUCAAUUUCAGGCUCAAGGUCAGUGUGUGGACUAGAGUGGCUCUGCACUGAGUUUGGAAUGGGCAAGCUGACGCUUUUCAUGGCCCUGAUGAACUUUUUUCGCUCACGCAAGAUCGGUGUGCUCAACCCCAACUGUGAGUGACCUGCUUCACAAGGUUGACCGGGAAUGAACGUAUACUGACACCCCGACGGAUACGUUUCUUCAUACCCAGUUUUUGGAGUGACCUUUGACCGCAUCCAAGCCGAUGCCUACCACCCUCUCAAGCCCUCGAUCGCGUUCGGCGGAGGAACGCUCGACGGCGUCGAGAUUAAAAAAGACUCCAAGUAAGACCCUACAUCCCCCACCAACCCUUUUCGCACUAACCACCCUCCUCCCUCCCUCCCUCCGAAAACAGCACCACCAUCCGCUUCCCCUUUGAAGUCAACUAUACGACCGCGUACGACUUGGACCUCGUCGUCCUGCGCGAUAUCGCCACGAGGUGCGGCUUCUACAACACCUCGUCUUCGAUUUCGAAUACGGACAUCACGGUCAAUUAUAAACUUCGACUUACGUUCAAGGUGGUGGGGAUCAAGAUCAGUCCUUCGUAAGUAUCCUUUUCUUUCUUGUCUACGCGAUUGGGGAAAAAGACUGAUUCAGUAUUAUGCGUUAUAUGCUCUCGUAGGUUCUCCUCCUCUACCUCCCUCGCCUGUCCUCUCUCACAAUCCGUAAGUUGCUUUCGCUCCCCCCCCCCCCCCCCCCAGUUCCCCAAGAACCUGCAUACUGAUCACUCCUUGAUAUUCGUGUCACCCCAAAAAAAAUCAGGACAUCUCGGGCCUUCUGUCCGAACUCGGCGGGUCGAACAAUAAGCGCAGUAUCAUCAGCGAGGAUACUCCACCGGACGUGGAGGCGAACACACGACGCAGCUUAAUCAGUGA